GAGGGAGGGAGAGAGAGGAGAGCUGCCAGGACUAAGCAUUACAAUCACUCCUGUACUAUCCUGUAUCCAAUAUGGUUCGACUGCAGCAGAGGGGCUCCCGCAUACCUGUUCACCGGGCACUCGUGUUUCCCCCUUCUCUCUUUCCUCGGCACGCCGGACCCUCCGCCCUCGUCCUCUCCAGCUAGAAUGGAAGGUUUGUAAAGAGAUGACCAUACAAGGAAUGCAGGGGACCUACGGCCCAAAAGUGCACCAUUCACCAUGCCCUAUUAGAAAAGCCUGAAACUGAGUAGAGACGACAGAGUGCUAGCGCUCCAGAGAAAGAGAGGAAGAGAGUAUAUCAGAUACUCACAUAAUCAAAGCUGGAGAGCUCUGUUUAGAAGGAGGAGAGCGAGUAAAGCGAAAGAGAGGGAGAGAGAAGCAACAGAGGAAAAAAAAAUGUGUCUAUCUUGCAACUUUUGAGAGCAUCAUCACAAUUUAAUAAGUAUUUGAAACGCCACAGAGCAGCAACAAAUCUGUCUUCCGAGAGGAGAGCCAAUCAGUGAAGGCCAGACACAUUAACCACACCAUGUCUGGAGAGCUGUUGUGAGCGGCGCCAUUAAGAGGACAUACAUUAAUUAUAACAAAUACCGUGAUUUUAUACAGGCCCAUUCUUGGAUAUAUGUUUUUCUUUCUCUUGUGGUCGUAGACAUGCUUUUUUCCUGAAAUGCUAAUGGCUUGACUUUUGAACUAGUCCUCGAGUGGUUUGCCCAUGACCUUUUUCCUCGAAGAAGAAAACAUAGCUACCUGCUCCUCGCCCGCUCUGUUCUCGCUACAAAUGUCCAAUCUCAGGUGAAACGCAUGGACUGCUGCACUGGGACAUCGGUCAACAAAAAACUAAGCCAAGCCUGUUGUUUGGAAGCCAGCAGUUCGGAUGAUUAUUGUGGAAAUACCAUUCCUUUUCCUCUUGAUCCGAAAAGGUUCACAUACAAUCCCUCAGGGCCCCCCGCCACUAUUUCCCUUUAUCUGUCUGUUGCUAUAACGAGCUAGUAAUCGUUAAACAAAAAUGGCCGCUGGAGUAGCAACAUGGCUGCCCUUUGCCCGGGCAGCGGCCGUGGGCUGGCUGCCCCUGGCAAAGAAGACCAUGCCCAGGCCUCCUGUUGACAAAAAGAGUCGCAGUGAUGAAAUCCUUUUUGUAAACGUUAGCGGGCAACGCUUCCAGACAUGGAAAAACACCCUCGACCGAUACCCCGACACUCUGCUGGGCAGCUCGGAGAAGGAAUUCUUCUACAAUGAGGACACUCAGGAAUAUUUCUUCGACAGGGACCCUGAAAUGUUUCGCCACAUACUUAACUUUUAUCGAACAGGCAAGCUGCACUAUCCACGCCACGAGUGUAUUCAGGCCUUCGAUGAGGAGUUGGCCUUCUACGGCAUCAUACCGGAGAUUAUCGGGGACUGCUGCAUGGAAGAGUACCGCGAUCGCAAGAAGGAGAACCAGGAGCGACUGGCGGAGGACAAUGAGGCGGGGGAGGGAGGGGAUGCUCCACUGCCUCCGAACAGUACCUCUCGCGAGAAGCUGUGGAGGGCAUUUGAGAACCCUCACACGAGUACCAUGGCUCUGGUUUUCUACUACGUGACUGGUUUCUUCAUCGCUGUGUCCGUCAUUGCCAACGUAGUAGAGACGGUUCCCUGCCGGCCGAUCAUAGGCACCGUGAAGGACCUUCCUUGUGGCAUGAAAUACUCCCUGGCCUUCUUUUGUAUGGACACGGCCUGCGUGCUCAUCUUCACCUUCGAGUACCUGAUGCGGCUGUUCGCUGCACCCAGCCGUUGCAUGUUCGCGCGCUCCGUGAUGAGCGUGAUCGACGUGGUGGCCAUCAUGCCCUACUACAUCGGCCUCGUCAUGCCGGAGAACGAGGACGUCAGCGGUGCCUUCGUCACGCUGCGCGUGUUCCGCGUCUUCCGUAUCUUCAAGUUCUCCCGCCACUCGGCGGGCCUGCGGAUCCUGGGCUACACCCUCAAGAGCUGCGCCUCGGAGCUGGGCUUCCUCCUCUUCUCCCUCACCAUGGCCAUCAUCAUCUUCGCCACGGUCAUGUUCUAUGCCGAGAAAGGCACCAAGGGCACCACCUUCACCAGCAUCCCAGCAUCCUUCUGGUACACCAUCGUUACCAUGACGACUCUAGGGUACGGAGACAUGGUGCCCAAUACCAUUGCGGGGAAGAUAUUUGGCUCAAUCUGCUCCCUCAGCGGUGUGUUGGUGAUUGCCUUGCCAGUACCCGUCAUUGUGUCCAACUUCAGUCGCAUCUACCACCAGAACCAACGGGCCGACAAGAUGCGGGCCCAGCAGAAAGUGCGGCUUGCCAGGAUCCGCCUGGCAAAGAAAGGGUGCACCAAUGCAUUUCUCCAGUAUAAAGACGAUGGGGGAUUGCAGGAUCACGACAGUGGCAGCACUGCUUUGUGUGUGAAGAACAGGUCUGCCUUUGAGCACCAACAUAACCACCUCUUGCACUGCCUGGAGAAAACCACGAAUCACGAGUUCACGGACGAGCUCACCUACAGCGAGGUGUGCAUGACGGAGUCCUUGGGCUACCGGACCAGCCGCAGCACUUCCCUGUCCAGCCACCACGGAAGCUCCACCACCUGCUGCCCGCGGCGGGCCAAGCGCAGGCCCAUCCGGCUGGCCAACUCCACCGUGUCGGUCAGCCGUGGCAGCAUGCAGGAACUGGACACCCUCCAUGUGCAGAAGACCACUGUGGUACCUCAGAGUCGCUCCAGUCUCAAUGCCCGGACAGAAGACCUGAAGUUGAACUGUGACGACAGAGAUUUCACGGCGGCCAUCAUCAGUAUCCCUACUCCCCCGGCCAACACCCCUGACGAGAGCCUCCCUACGUCACCCGCAUUUCCCGGCAUCCUUCGCAACUCCCGCUCCACCACCUUCAACCCCGAUACCGUCAAGAUCUCCUCCUUAUAACCCCCCCUCAAGCACACAGGCUCUCCUUCCUACUGCACAACAGAAGGAAGAGAGACAGAGACAGAGAAAGAGAGAGAGACAGUGAGAAAGAAAGAGUGAAAGAGAGCUCAUUCUAGAGAACAUGUGACAGAGAACUUUUGAAGAGCUUUUACAGAAAUAAAAGAAGACAUACCUUUUCAAAAAAACACCUGGCCUCAUUCCAGUUCUAAAGCCGAGUUUGUACUGAGGGUUGUUGUUGUUGUUGUUGUUGUUGUUGUUGUUGUAGGUGGGGGAUAAGUGUAGGGGUAGGUGGACCAGUUUUGAGUUUUAAAGUCCUGAGAGAAGACGAGUGCAUAUGGAGCAGCUGGAGAACAGGUGCAUAUUCCAGCCAGUGUGGCCACUGAUGCUCCAGCUGCUGUGAGAGGUGAUCGAGUAGUUUUCUUUUCUUGGAGAAUGGACGAAGGAGUUAUUAAAAAAAAAAACGGUAACAGAACCUUCACAAGCCUUUGGACUCAAAAAGAGACAUAAACUAGACGGCACGUACAGUAUGGUCAGCAACAAAAAAAAAAAAGUACAUUUCACAAAAAGAAGUUCAUCGCGACACAUUUAAGAUAUGCAACAUUAGACAACCAGGAAAAAGUACAUAUACAUUUAAUGUGUGUUCAUUUGCAGGGAGAGAUUAUACAGAUUCUAAGCAUAAAUGCAAAGCUAUAUUACUAUAUCAAUAUGUCUUUAAAGAGAGUAACAUGAAUACCUUAUUGUGCAAUAGAUUUGUUGUCACAGACCAUGAGAGUAAAAGGGAGUAUCAGCUAAUGGUAUAUAUAAAUAAAUGUAACAUAUUUUGUACCAUACCUCUCAGAAUCACAUGCAUCUUUGAAUCUUACCAAAAAAUGUCAGUGUUCUGACUAGCCUAAUACCAACAGUGCAUGUUGUUGUACAGUAAAUGGCUGGGAAGCGAGCCGGGAGAGGCUGUUCUCACCUAUUUUUGCAUGGAACCUACUCCCUUUUCUUCAUUUCGUUUGUGUUAAUCUUCUCUUUUUUUUGUUGAUUAUCAGUGAAUUCAACAUUUAUAGACUAAUAAUGAUAAAAAAAAGUGCUGCACCAGAAGUGUACAAAUAAAACUUUAAUAAAAAAAAAUAUAUGAAAUUUAAAAUAAUAAUUCCAAAAAAAAAAAGA